AUGGCUGAGUUACCCACUCAGGCAACUCUUCGGAAGAGCGAGGAAAUCGCCUCAGACGAAACCGAUGUCAAACAAGCCAUCCCGGAUUCGGAUGAUAAACCCAGGCUUGGCUAUAACUAUGGCUUUGACAAUGAUAACCAGUUCUACGUGCCCGACCUUGAUUAUACACCUGAGGAAGAACGCAAAGUCAUCAGGAUUCUCGAUACACGACUGUUCACAUGGCUUUUAUUGACGACGUUUGUACUGAAUAUGGAUCGGACGAAUCAUUCAAACGCGAUUUCGGAUAACUUACCUCAGGAUUUGGGAUUUACGAUUAAUGUUGUGAAUACGGGUGUUGCGUUGAAUGCGGUGUGUUUUUCGGUGACGUGUAUUACUGGUGCGGUGAUCGCGAAAAUUGCUGGACCUUCACGGUGGAUAUCGUUUUUGAUGCUUUCAUGGGGUCUCGUUACUCUAGCGCAUGCACUUAUCGAGAAUCAAGCUGGAUACUUGGCAGUCCGAUGCUUCAUUGCCAUUACAGAAGGUGGGGUAAUCCCUUCCACUCUUGUUUACAUGGGUGCUUUCUACAAAAGCACAGAGUUAGCCACGCGCUUGGCGUGGUUCUGGGGCGUUCAGUGGACUCAUGGCAAGGUGCAUAUCUCCUUCAGUCUCUCGCUUUUGUCUGAUAUGGAGGCUCCACACAGCGGUCUUCUCCAGAUGCGAGGAAUCAAUGGACUGUAUGGAUGGAAGUGGCUCUUUAUCAUCGAUGGCAUUCUUACUAUUAUCGUCGCCAUUGCUACUUGGUUUUACCUUCCACAGAAUGCUGCUACUACGAAGGGUGGAAUACGCGGUUUCAAGCCCUGGUUCGAUGAACGACAAGUGCGGAUUUCAGUCACGCGAGUCGUUCGUGAUGAUAUCGCGAAGCGAAAAUACGAGACGAAGGUGACCUGGGCCGAUAUCAAGGACAGUUUGACUGAUAUUGGUCUUUGGUUGCACCUUAUUGUAACCAUGGUUGGGCAAACUCCUACAAUUCCCCUGGCUACAUAUUUGCCGACCGUUAUUCAGUCGUUCAGCUUCAACGUCUUCGUAUCAAAUGCUUUGACUGCACCACCGUAUACACUCUUGUGUAUCACCAUGGUACUCCUGGUCUGGCAUUCGGAUCGAGUACAUGAGCGAGGCUGGCACAACACUUUUAGCGCGGUUUGGUUCCUCGUUGGAUGGAUUCUUCUUCGGGCAUUACCACACACCGCAAGUCGAGGCGUUAAAUAUAUAGCAGCCUGUAUUGUUCAGUCUUAUCCCCAAUGGCAUCCACUCAACAUUGCGUGGAUGGACGAAAACAUGGGUACAAUCGGGAAGAAGACCGUUGCAUCCGGCAUGGUUAUCGCGUCCGCAAAUAUCUAUGGAGUCAGAUAUAUCAGGACAAUGAUGCACCCGGUGAGCUUCGGUGGUCGCUCGUCUUCUUCUUUUGGACAAGAAAUUAACCCAGUGCCGACAUUUGAACGAACAGAUUUCAAAAGAGGUAAUACAAUUAACAUCGUUUUCUCGGGCCUCGGAGUUCUGCUGUUCCUCGCCAUGAAAUUGUAUUACUCCUAUCAGAAUGCCCAGAACGCGCGACGGUGGGCUGCGAUGAGUGAAGAAGAACGAGAGAAAGAAGAGCUCGAGGCGGAGAAGAAGGGGAAUCGAAGCGUUACCUUCCGGUUUACUACUUGA